AUGAAGAAGCUGUUUAUGGGCUGCCCCCCAGACCAGACCGCCUUCACCCCCACCGGAGACUGCUGCCCCAAGUGUGCCCGCCAUGGAGCAUCCUGUUCCUGGGAGGGCCAUGAGUACAGGGAUGGGGAGGAGUGGAGGCCCAGCCUGUGUUCUAUGUGUGUGUGUAACAACCGGUUAUCUCAGUGCUAUGCAGCAGAGUGUCAGCCUGUCGCCUGCAAACAGGGCCAGACCAAAGUGAAGAGGGCGGGGCAGUGUUGUGACGAGUGUGUUGCCGCCAAGGGCAGCUGCCUGUAUGAGCUCACCGUCCGUUACCACGGUGACAUGUGGAAUGGCACCGGCUGCGAGUUCUGCACCUGCGAGAAGGGACAGGUCCUCUGCCAGAGAGCCCAGUGUGCCCGAGUCGAAUGCCCGACGGGUUCAGAGCUGGUCCACCUGCCAGGGAAGUGUUGUCCUGAGUGUCACUCCAUGAAGACCUCGUGUGUUUACCCAGACCCUGAUCAGUCCUCUGGGAAACCACAGAGACCACUAGCGAACCAGGAGAGAUGGAGUGAGGGCCCCUGUAGGGAAUGUGAGUGUCGUGAAGGUAGGGUGACCUGCUACCUGACAUCCUGUCCCACCUGCCCCCUGGGGACCCUGGCUGUACCCCAACAGGGAACCUGCUGCCCAGAGUGUAAACAGGUCCAGUGCCAGAGGGACUGUCUGUCCUGCGUUGGGACCCCUGACCACUGUGAGAUCUGUAAGGACUCUAACUAUCUGCUGCUGGACGGACGCUGUGUGUCCACUUGUCCUCGCGGUUACUAUGCCAACGGAAAAGUGUGUGCAGCCUGCCAGUCAUCCUGUGCCACCUGUGAGAAUGACUUAGAGUGCUCGUCCUGUGGGGGGUCCUUGCUAUUAAACAACAGGCAGUGCGUGGCCACCUGUGACCCCGGGUCCUACCAGGACCACACACAGUGCCUGCGUUGCCAUGCAUCCUGUUCAGUGUGUGUGGGACCGAGCCAGCAGGAGUGUGUGUCGUGUUCUGACCCGUCCCACCUGCUCAGAGAUGGACUCUGUGUCCCAGAUUGUGGAUCAGGCUUCUACACCCAACAAGGCACCUGUUAUGCCUGUCACAGCUCCUGCUGGUCCUGCUCCGGCACCACUGCGUCCCAGUGUACCCUCUGUUCCCAGGGACUGUCCUUACACCAGGGCCAGUGUCUGGAGGCCUGCGGAGAGGGGCUGUAUCAUCUGGAUGGGACCUGCCUCAAAUGCCACACUUCCUGUUUACAGUGCACAGGAGGAAGUAGUCAGAACUGUACUUCCUGUGCCCAGCCCUACGUCCUCCAGGAAGGCCAGUGUGUCCCCAGAUGUCCCCCAGGACACACCGUCCAGGACAACACCUGCCAAGGGUGCCACCCGUCCUGCCAGGAGUGUUCAGGUACGUCUCAGGCUGACUGUGUGUCCUGCCCCCCCCUGGCCAACUUCAACAACGGCUACUGCAGGACUAGCUGUCCAGAUGGACUGUUCUUACACUCCCAAGGAUUCUGCCAGGAAUGCAGCAGUGAUUGCCAGCGCUGUGUGGCAGACCUCCAGACGGGCAUGGGCAGUGUGUGUCUGUGGUGUAAGAUUGCUAGGACCCUGUCGCUAGGAGACCACUGUGUCACCCGCUGUCCCCAAGGUUACUACCCCUGGCACGGAGCCUGCAAGAGAUGCCAUACUUCCUGUGAGGGUUGCAGUGGGGAGUGGCCUCUGUCCUGUACUUCCUGUCCCACCCCCAGCGUUCUACUGACCUCAGGUCUCUGUGGCCCCGCCUGCCCCUUGGGUUACUAUGCCGACAGAGACAGACGCUGCAGAGCCUGUGACAGCCGGUGCCGGUCCUGUGAGAUGGGUGGAGUGUGCACGUCGUGCCGUGACCCGGGCAAGGUUCUGCUGUUUGGAGAGUGUCAGUACGACAGCUGUGCCCACCAAUACUACCUCAACACCACCACGCGCACCUGCAGAGAGUGUGAUUGGAGCUGUAAUACGUGUAAGGGUCCUCUGCAUACUGACUGUCUACAGUGUAUGGAGGGACAUGUUCUGCAGGACGGACUCUGUGUCCAGGGCUGCUCCCCAGGGUCCUACCAGGAUGGAGAGAGAUGCCUCAGUUGUGAUGAGCACUGUGAGGGAUGCCAGGGUCCAGGUCAGUGUGGGCGAUGCCAGCCUCCCUAUGCCACCCUGCAGGGCCACUGUGUGUUGGAGUGUGGAAGGAACUACUUUCUGGACUCCUCUCUACAGAUUUGUACAUCAUGCUCUGCUGACUGUGUGGAGUGUGAGGGGAUGGGUCGUUGCACCAUCUGUAGACAGAACACCUACCUAAGAGACAGAUACUGCACUCCGGACUGUGGACACGGUUUCUAUGCUGAUAAGAAGACCAGGACUUGCCAUGCUAACAGCCAGGCCCCAACCCUGCGUAUCACUGGAUCUCUGUUGGUGCCCAUCGGGGGAACCAAACCCCUUGUCUCCACCCUGCUCAUUGCCCAGGACCAAGACAGCCCCCCAGAGAGCCUGGUGUUCCAGCUGCUGCAGCCCCCCUCUACAGGCUGCGUGGUUGUCCUGGAGGGGGGCAGGGAGAAAGAGAUGGCCCGGGACGACACCUUCUCCUGGGCUCAGCUACAGAGUGGACAGGUCCGCUUCACACACGACAAGGACAAGGCCAGGAGUGGACAGUUCUCCGUACGUGUGGCUGACCCUCAGCUCUUCUCCCAAGCAGAGACCAUCCAGGUCCACGCAGUGUCCAUGCAGGACGUCCUGGUCAUGGUUCUGGACCCACCCCAACAUGGCUGCCUGACCCGUCUCCAUGGCGACCGGGCGCUGAGCCAAUUCAAGAUGGAGGAGUUGUCACGGGAACAGGUGCAGUACGUCCAUGACGGGUCGCUGGGGAAAUGGGACAGGAUGCUGCUACAGGUCAACGAUGGACACAGCUACCAGAACAUUCUACUGCAGAUCAGCAUCACUCAGAAGCUUACCCAAGCUCCUCAUGUUCUGUCGGUGCCCGUCACCUGGGUGAGAGAGGGAGGCAUGGUACAGCUGGGGAAGAGGUAUCUGAGGGCAGGGUAUCAGGGUGCCAGUGAUGACCAGAUUGUCUACACCAUAGUGCGCUCCAAAGGAAGACCCAAACAUGGUGAAGUGGUGUUGGUGCCCAUGCCAGCCGACGGCCCGGUGGAAGGUUGGCAGCCCUCGCCUGAUGACAGAAUCUCUACCCCCACCUCCUCCUUCACUCAGCAGGAUGUGAAUGAGGGCACUGUGUGGUACAAACACUUUGGCAUUGCCGGGGCCAGUGGGCCGCAAGGAGAAACCUUCCAGUUCCAGGUGUCCAGUGAGGGUUCUCCAGACACACUCAGUGAUGCUCAGACCUUCACCAUCGGAGUGAUGCCUGAACUCCCAGGGUUCCCCCAGCCUGCACCCAGCUGUGACCUACAGAUAACUGUUCUGUGGAGCAUCGUGACAGAGCCUACAACCCAGUGUCCUUCUUCACCCAAGCUGACGUCAACCAGGGCCGGAUCCUGUACCGCCUCCCCCAGGGCCCCCUCUCACCUCCAGGAGCUCUACCAAUUCUCUUUCACUGUGUCGGAUGGGGAACACACUACUCCAGAGAUGGACUUUGCCAUCCAGCUGUUGGUCAACCACCAGCAGCCCCCCAUCUUCCAGAUCCUAGACCCUGUUCUGGAGGUCAGCAUGGGGGGACAAACCCCUAUAGGUGGGCAGCAGCUGGCAGUAACUGACGCAGACACGGCUCCUGAUGAGUUGGAGCUGGUGGAAGGACCGGUCCAUGGGACCCUGGUCAAGAUGGAGUUGGACUCACAGACUGAGAUGAUGAGCGGUGACACGUUCUCUUUCAGUGAAGUGACCCGUAACGUUCUGCAGUACCAACACUCCGGCUUCUCCACUGACGAGGACGCCAUCACCUUCUCCACGGCGACGGCGGCGGUACAGGUGGUUGUGCUGGGUGACGGGCCCAGGAGAGACCCAGAGACCCUGCUAUCCAUGGAGGUUCCUGAGAACAGUAGUAGCGUCAUCAGACGUACUCACCUGGGCUACACGAGCAACACCUCUCCAGAUGAGAAGAUCCGUAUUCAGCUGGUGUCGGUUCCUAUGUACGGCAUCCUGACCAGGACAGGGUCAGACCCAGACCAACGGGAGAUGACAGAGGACUCCUCUUUCACUGUGGACGACGUCAACAAACACAAGAUCAGGUACAUCACUUCCAUUGAGACAGGAAACCAACCAGUGACGGACAUCUUCCAUUUCAUUGUUUAUGACGGUGAAAACAAUCGCCUUGACAACCAGAUGUGUACCAUCACCAUCACCUCCAAGCAGAGACAGCCUCCAGUGGUCACUGUCCGCAGUGGCAUCAAGGUCCAGGGAGGAGGACGAGUCCAGCUGUCAACCAAUCACAUCAAUGUAUCAGAUCUGGACACACCCAACAAGGACCUGCUGGUUUGGAUGAUCAGCGUACCCAAAUAUGGCUUCAUUGAGAACACGAGAGGAAGUGUGGGCUCGAUGGGCGGUUCAAAUACCCGCAUCAUCAGUCCAGAGGUUCCCUUCUCUGUGGAUGACCUGACGACUGACCACAUCUUCUACGUUCAGAACGUCCAGAACACUGACCAUCACUACCAGGACACCUUCUCUUUCUACAUCAGUGAUGGGUCCAGUCAGACAGAGGCCUUCAAUGUCUAUAUAGACAUAAAGAGUAAAGGGGAGACGGUGCCGGUGGUGUCAGUGAACAGGGUCCAGGUGGAGGAGAACUCAGGAGUGGUCAUCACUAACUCUUCUCUCAACGUCCUGGACCAAGACACACCAGACAGUGACAUCAUCAUCACCGUCACCAAGCAACCUGCCUACGGCAAGCUGCGUAGACGCCAGUUCUACUCCCAGCCUCUGGAGAACGGUAGGGUCCUGUCUCAGGGCUCCACAUUCACCUACCAGGACGUGUUGGACCUGCUGCUGGUGUACGCCCCUGACGCGGCCAGCGGGGGCAGUGACGAGCUAGCCUUCUCCCUGACCGACGGCAUCCACACCAGCACCGGACGGCUCACCUUCACCAUGGACGUCAGGAAGACUGAAGGACCGAGGAUGACAGUUAACAGAGGCCUGCAGCUGGCCGCAGGCUCAGCGUCUAAGAUCACUGAGCAGAACCUGAAGGGAUCGGAUUCAGACACAGACAGCCUGAAGCUGAGGUACAUCCUGAUCAAAGACCCUCCAGUAGGAAGACUACAGCUUUCUAAAAGAGGAGGAGGACAGGACAAGGUGGCUGUUAAAGGACCUGUCAAGAGCUUCACACAGGAGGAGGUCAACAAAGGUCUGUUGGAGUACAGUCACGAGAAGGGAGAGAAAGGAGGGAGCAUCUCCUUCAAGUUCAACCUGGUGGAUCCAGAGGGCAACAAACUGAUCGACCAGUCUUUCUACAUCAGUGCACUAGGUAGGUUCCAGUUCUUCUUUAUCAGUGUACCAGAGGACCGCCUGCCCCCCUCUGUGGUAGUGAAUAAGGGUCUGGUGUUGGAUGAGAACUCAGUGAAGAAGCUGACUACUCUCCAGCUGUCAGCUACAGACCAGGACAGUGAGCCUGGAGAACUCGUGUACCGCAUCACCAGGCAGACAGUGCUGGGGCAUCUGGAGCACGCCAGCACCCCAGGAAGCCGCAUCACUUCCUUCUCCCAGGCUGACCUGGCUUCACGUAGCAUCCAGUACGUUCACACCAGCGAAGAAGAGAAGCAUGCAGAUGAGUUCUCAUUCAUCAUGUCUGACGGGACUAAUGAGGUUGCCCAGACGUUCUACAUCACCAUACGGCCAGUGGAUGACUCCCUCCCCCUGCUGGUGGUUCCUGGGAUGAGGGUUCAGGAGGGGGUCAGGAAGACCAUCACUGAGUUUGAACUGAAGGCCACCGACGCUGACACAGAGGAGGAGUCCAUCACCUUUACCAUAGUCCAGGCCCCCCGUCACGGCAAUAUUGAGCGGACCAACAACGGACAGCACUACCGUCAGACCAACAGCUUCACCAUGGAUGACAUCUACCAGAACAGAAUCAGCUACAACCACGAUGGCUCCAACUCACUGAAGGACAGAUUCACCUUCACUGUAACUGACGGGACUAACGUCUUCUUUAUGGUGGAGGAGGGGGGCAAGGAGGUGUUGACUGCUGCACCCCAAAUGUUUAAGAUAGACAUUCUGCCUGUUGAUGAUGGAACACCUCGUAUCGUCAUUAACCUGGGUCUGCAGUGGCUGGAGUACAUGGACAACAAGGCCACCAACCUGAUCAGUAAGAAGGAGCUGUUGACCAUGGACCCGGACACAGACGAUGGUCAGCUGCUCUAUGAGGUCACAGCAGAGCCUAAACACGGCUUCCUGGAGAGCAAACUGAAACCUGGCGCUCCCAUCACCGGCUUCACACAAGCCGACAUUAACCUGGGCUUGAUACGCUACGUGCUCCAUGAGGAGAGCGUGACAGAGAUCAUGGACAACUUCAAGUUCCUGGUGAAGGACAGCAAGCCCAACAUUGUCUCUGAUAACUUCUUCCAUAUCCAGUGGUCCCUCAUCAGCUUCCAACACAGGAGCUACAAUGUGAGUGAGAAGGCGGGCACGGUGUCGGUCACAGUGAAGAGGAUGGGUAACCUGAACCAGUAUGCCAUCGUGCUGUGUCGUACUGAGCAGGGCACUGCCACCUCUACCUCCAGUGUUGGCUCUCGCCCCGGACAGCAGGACUAUGUGGAGUAUGCUGGACAGGUCCAGUUUGACGAGCGUGAGGACACCAAGGUGUGUACCAUAGUGAUCCAGGAUGACAAGGUGUUUGAGGGCGUGGAGAGUUUCCAGGUGGAGCUGAGCAUGCCUGUCUAUGCCCUCCUGGGUCAGAUGACCCGCGCCAGCGUCAACAUCAACGACACAGAGGACGAACCCACGCUGCAGUUUGACAAGAAGACCUACCACGUCAACGAGAGCACCGGGUUUAUACAGGCCCCUAUAGAGAGGAAAGGUGACACCAGCAGUACGAUCUCAGCUCUCUGUUACACGGUCCCUAAGUCAGCCCAGGGUAGCAGUCUACACGCCCUGGAGUCUGGUUCUGACUAUAAGAGUCGAGGUAUGACUGGUGACAGCAGGGUCGUCUUCGGCCCCGGUGUCUCUAUGUCCACCUGCGACGUCAAGCUCAUCGACGACAGCGAAUACGAACUCUCCGAGGAGUUUGAGCUCCACCUAUCGGACGCCUCGGAUAAUGCCCGCAUGGGUGACGUCAGUGUGGCGAAGGUGGUUAUCGACGGGCCAAAUGAUGCUUCGACGGUAUCCCUGGGCAGUGCUACGUUUACGUUCAGCGAGGACGCCAGCACCAUAGAGAUCCCAGUGCUGCGGCAGGGCAGUGACCUGUCGUCUGUGACCUCUGUGUGGUGUGCCACACGGCCCUCUGACCCCCCCUCCGCCACCCCCGGGGUCGACUACAUCCCCUCCUCGAGGAAGGUGGAGUUCAAAGCCGGCAAGACUAUUGAGACGUGCAGUCUGACCAUCAUGGAUGACAUCCAGAACCCGGCCAUCGAGGGGGCUGAGUCCUUCGUAGUGUUCCUCUCCUCCCCUCAGGGGGCCGUCCUUCUGGAACCCUUCGAAGCCUCCGUGGUCAUCACUGAUACCUUGGACCUUCCCAGCAUGCAGUUUGAGAAGACGGCAUACAAGGUGAAGGAGAAUGAGGGUGUGCUGAGCAUCCCCAUCGUUAGAACGGGAGACCUGACGUUCCAGUCCUCUGUCCUCUGCUUCACACGCACCAUGUCUGCCAUGGUCAUGGACGACUUCGAGGAGAGGAGGAACGCUGACGACUCACGUAUCAUCUUCCUCAAGGGAGAGAAGGUUAAGAACUGCACGGUGCACAUCAAUGACGACUCUGUGUUCGAGCCUGAGGAGGAGUUCCAGGUGCAUCUUGGGACGCCGCUGGGGGACCACUGGAGCGGAGCCUUGGUGGGAGUUAGUGACAUGGUCACGGUAAUCAUCACUAACGACGAGGACGCCCCCACCAUAGAGUUUGAGCAGACGUCGUACCAGGUGCGGGAGCCCCCUGGGCCAGACGGCAUCGAGGUGCUUAACAUCAAGGUGGUUAGGACAGGAGACCAGGACCGCACCUCCAAGGUCCGCUGCAGCACCCGGGACGGUUCAGCCCAGUCCGGAGUGGACUACAACCCCAAGAGCAGAGUCCUCAAGUUCACACCUGGCAUGGACCACAUCCUGUUCAAGGUGGAGAUUCUGUCCAAUGAGGACAGGGAGUGGCACGAGUCCUUCUCAUUGGUCCUCGGCCCUGACGACCCAGUGGAGGCGGUGCUUGGAGAGAUCACCACGGCAAGAGUCACCAUCCUCGACCAGGAAGCUGCGGGGAGUCUCAUCCUUCCGGCCACACCUAUUGUGGUGUCCCUGUCAGACUAUGACAACGUGGCUGAGGUGUCUAAGGAGGGCAGUAAGAAGCAGCCGGCGCCUGGUUACCCCCUGGUGUGUGUGACACCUUGUGACCCCCACUACCCCAAAUACUCUGUGAUGAGGGAGCGCUGCGAGGAGGCAGGCAUCAACCAGACCUCUGUUCACUUCUCCUGGGAGGUGGCUGCCCCUACAGACAACAACGGGGCCAGGUCACCCUUCGAGACCGUCACUGAUACCACACCCUAUACUGGGGUUAACCAUAUGGUCCUGGACAGUAUAUAUUUCUCUCGGCGGUUCCAUGUGCGCUGUGUGGCCCAGGCCCGGGACAAGUCCGGACAUCUUGGAACACCCCUGAGGAGUAACAUAGCAACCAUCAGCACCGAGAGCUCCAUUUGCCACACCACCGUUACCACGGGAACCGCCAGAGGGUUCCAGGCGCAGUCGUUCAUCGCCACGCUGAAGUACCUGGAUGUCAAACAAAAGGAGCACCCGAAUCGAAUCCACAUCUCGGUGCAGAUCCCCCACCAGGAUGGUAUGCUGCCCCUAGUGUCCAGCAUGCCCCUCCACAACCUGCACUUCCUGCUGUCAGAGUCCAUCUACAGACAGCAGCACAUCUGUUCUAACCUGGUCACUCUCAAAGACCUGCAGGGGGUCUCCGAGACAGGUUUCCUGGAUGAUGUCCAGUAUGACAGUAUCUCUCUUGGUCCGGGUUAUGACAGACCCUACCAGUUCAACCCCAGUGUCAGAGAGGCUAAGAGCAUCCAGCUGUACAAACACCUCAACCUGAAGAGCUGUAUCUGGACCUUUGAUGCUUACUACGACAUGACAGAACUCAUAGAUGUCUGUGGAGGCUCCGUCACAGCUGACUUCCAGGUGCGUGACUCGGCCCAGUCGUUCCUGACGGUGCAGGUUCCUCUCUAUGUGUCCUAUAUCUACGUUACAGCUCCCAGGGGCUGGGCCUCUCUGGAACACCACACUGAAAUGCAGUUCUCUUUCUUCUAUGAUACCGUGCUCUGGAGGACAGGCAUCCAGACAGACAGCGUUCUGUCAGCCAGACUCCAGAUCAUCCGGAUCUACAUAAGAGAUGACGGUCGUCUGGUCAUCGAGUUCAAAACACAUGCCAAGUUCAGGGGUCAGUCCUCAAAGUUCAGGGGUCAGUCCUCAAAGUUCAGGGGUCAGUCCUCAAAGUUCAGGGGCCAGUUUGUCCCAGAACACCACACCCUGCCUGGCCAAAAGUCCUACCUGAUGGCCCCGGACCACCUGGGGGGGAUAGAGUUUGACAUGCAGCUCAUUUGGAGCGCCCAGUCCUUUGAUUCUCCCUACCAGCUCUGGAGGACCACCUCCUCUUACAGCAGGAAGGACUACUCCGGGGAGUACACAGUGUUUCUGAUCCCCUGUACCGUGCAGCCCACCCAGCCCUGGACCGACCCUGGAGACAAGCCUCUGUCCUGCACAGCUCACGCCCCAGAGAAGUUCCAGUUACCUAUAGCCUUCCUGCAGACCAACCUGCCCUCCCUCCCUCCCUCCCUCAGGUUCCAGUUACCUAUAGCCUUCCAGCAGACCAACCGGCCAGUCCCUGUGGUAUACUCCCUCAACACUGAAUUUCAGCUGUGCAACAAUGAGAAGGUGUUCAUGAUGGACCCAGCCAUCUCUGACAUGUCCAUGGCUGAGAUGGACUACAAGGGAGCCUUCUCAAUGGGCCAGACACUGUACGGCAGGGUGCUGUGGAACCCAGAGCAGAACCUGAAUGCAGCCUACAAGCUGCAGCUGGAGAAAGUGUACCUGUGUACGGGACGGGAUGGACACGUGCCUUUCUUCGACCCCACAGGGACUCUGUACAACGAGGGCCCUCAGUACGGCUGCAUCCAGCCCAACAAACACCUCAAACACAGGUUCCUGAUCCUGGAUCGGAAGCAGCCAGAUGUCUGUGAUAGGUGCUUCCAUGACGUUCCCUUCGAGGCCAACUUUGCAUCAGAUAUAACCGGACUACAGACCGUGACAGCCAUGCCUGGUGUUGAUGGGUUUACCAUGAAGGUUGAUGCCCUGUACAAGGUGGAGACGGGGCAUCAGUGGUACCUGCAGGUGAUCUAUGUGAUUGGUCCAGAGUCCAUCUCCGGCCCCAGGAUCCAGCGCUCUCUGACCCAUCAGCUUGCCCACAGCAGCGGUAGGGGGCGGGCUCGCAGGGACCUGACCAAUCAGCUGAGCCAAAGCAUCGGCCACAGCCAUGCUCGCCGGGACCUGGUGGACCGAAGCGGGCAUCUCACCCUCGACGAGUCUCUGAUCUACGAUAACGAGGGCGACCAGACGAAGAAUGGAACCAACAUGAAGACUCUCCGACUCGAGGUCCCCGCCGCCUCCACCUUUAACCCCCAGAUGGGCGGGUCUAUGGGCGGGGGCGUGGCUGUGCUGACCCUGCUGGUCCUCGUCCUGCUGGGUUCCUGUUUACUCUUCAGGAAGUGCCGACGGUCGGCUGGGAAGAAGCCAUCCAAGAUGGCGGAGGAGUACCCUCUGAACACCAAGGUAGAGGUGUAUCUAGAGAAGACCCUGGAGAAGAACUUCAGCUCCAAACACUGCACAGUUAGGAACAUCAACCUCAACAUCAACCGGAAUCACGACAACGUCAACUCUAAGGUCAACAGAGGGGCAAAGGUCAACGGAGCGGCGAAGGUCAGGCAGGUCAACCUGAAGGUCAAGCUCCACAACAACCUCCACAACGACGGCACUGAGGUCUGA